CGAGAUGAGAAUCACUCUCCCAGAAAAAAAAAAAAAAAAAAAGAGUGUCUUUGCUCUUUCUUUCCCACUAAUCUAUUUGAUUGCUAAAUCCUUCACUCACUAAACCCUAAUUUGUCCCAUUGUGAAAUUUCCAUGAUCAACAAACCCUAGAUUCCUCUACUCCUCCUCAAUCCGAUGAUCUGUCUCAUUCCCCAGCUCCUCCGCUCUCAAGUCGCCUCAACGCUAGUGCUCCGGAGUUCGUUCCUGCUCGACCGAGGAUGAUGAUCCCACCUCCGUCUCCUCCUAGUAUUCCUCAUAUGUACCACCACCACCACCCUCCUCCGCCUCUGUUUACUGGACCUCACGAGCGGCGGAGAGACCGUAAGAAGAAGGAGCAAUCCGAAACUGGAGCUUCUGUUUCCAUUGAUCCUAAGAGUGGUUUACCUGAGGAUACAGUCCAGAAGAUAGUGAAACAGGUAGAAUACUAUUUCGGCGACUUGAACUUGGCCACAACAGAUCUUCUGAUGAGAUUUAUCAGCAAGGACCCUCAAAGUUAUGUGCCUGUACAUGUAGUUGCAUCUUUCAACAAAAUUAAAUCAUUCAUCAACAGUGACUCCCAGCUUGCCUCAGUGCUACAAAACUCCUCAAAGCUUGUCGUUAGUGAAGAUGGACAGAAAGUGAGACGCAUAUAUCCCGUUACCAAAAUUGCUCUUGAAGAGUUACAGUCCCGAAUAGUGAUUGCCGGAAAUCUACCUGCGGAUCAUUGCUACCAUAAUCUCAUGAAGAUUUUCUCAGCUGUUGGAAGUGUGAAGCACAUUCGGACCUGCCAGCCACAAAACCCUGGCUAUGGUUUUCCAUCAGCAGCUAGAUCAGCUAACACUGAUUUCAGUAACAAGGUCCACGCCUUCGUUGAGUAUGAGAGGGUUGAGCUGGCAGAGAAAGCAGUUGCUGAAUUAAAUGGAGAAAGAAACUGGAGGAGUGGUCUUAGGGUGAGGUUGAUGCUGCAGGGUCAGACGAAAGAGCCAAAACAUGUUCUUCAAGAAGGAGGAAGAAAGGAAGAAGAUGAUGAUAAAAAGUAUGAAGAUUGUGGUGGAGAAAGAGAUGGUCAUGGAGAAGAGGAGGAAGAACAAGGAGGCAAGAAGAGAAGAGGGCAUAACCGUGGUGGACAAGGACGAGGAAGAAGUCAACAAAACCAAAACGAAAAUUCAAAGCAUAACCAGAAUUACCAGAAAGGGCGUGGGAAUCAUCAUCCUUCAAACAGUCAAAUGAACAACAACACAGAUCAUCAAGUGAGCAUGGGGAAGCAACAGCCACCACCAGGACCAAGAAUGCCAGAUAGCACAAGGGGAUUUUCUUUGGGGCGGGGAAAUCCGGUAAUUGUUCAUCCCCAAUGAACCGGAGCUGUUUGACAAAAAAAACCGAGAUGGUAUAUAAUGGAGGAAAGGUUUAACUUCAAAGAUCCACAAGAGAGAGAUUUUGUUACUAAAAUUUUACUCCAUAAAGGGAAAACUUAUUUCUUUCAUAAACGGACCAGUAACUAGCUUGAAUAA